GCCACCUAGACACCUAGAUUAGAUUUCUCGCGGCUAUUGGACAAUGGUAGAACGUGUUCACAGUUUGGGAGGGCUAAGCCAGCUUGAACUUGGUUUGCAGAUGCUGGCUCCGAAAUUGGCUCCAAAUACUGCUGUGGUUGCACCAACCCACACGCAAAAGGUGCUUGAACAACUUUAUGCCAAUGAAGGCUUGAGCAGAUUGUUGCAAGAUCGCAGCAAGAAAACAGUUGCAGUUUGUCCCAGAUGCGGCAUCGACAAACCAAGUUGCUGGGACUUUGAGUGGGAGGUGGAUAUCCUGAAGCGACGCAUGAAACCGGCGUCAAGCAGUUUAAUUUGCAGGAAGUGCGCGGAGAUUCGAGACUUGCUUGGUCUGAUUGAAAGGCUUUGUUUCGACAAGGACUCACAUGGACAAGGUGUGCAAAGUGCAACGUUGCGCCACUUCCUCGCUGUGAACGGCCACGAUGCUGCCAAUUCCCAUUUCUUCCAGGAUGCUGUGUCACUUGCCUAUGCAAUUUUCAUGCUGCGCAAGGAGUUGAAGUUGACUCCCAGCAGGGGUCCGCCGCUGCAGGAGCUGAUUAGCACAGCCGCAGAGGACUCAUCGGAAGCGCCAAAGAAGAGGCCCUGGCAGAAGCAAUGAAAGAUCACACGGCCACGACUGCAUUUCAGGCCGCAAAAGCUUGCAAGCAGAAAAACCAGAAGGACAAAAAACAUGAUCGAAAAAGGUCACACGCUGUCAGUUUGGUGGCUAGAGACAGAAUGUUAUGAAACCAAUCUGCAGCAAUGAUCCUUUCAGCUGUUUGGCUUAUAUUAUAUGUUUUGGCCCAAGUUCGAAACAGAUAUACAUCUGCCGUCAUUUGCC